GAUUCGUGGGGCUAUGACCGAAAGUACAACGCCAGAUUGGUUCCAGGUCUUAAAGGCAUUUACACACUUUCGUCAGCUGUUGUCGCUUAUUUUUUCGACUGUCUCGGGACCCAUGGCUUUCGUCCCUGGGCCCUUAGAAUCUGGCAAUUAGAGUCCUCAUCAAUCCGUCGAAGUUUGCCUCCUUUUCUCAUCGGCACCUCGGAACUGGGAGCACAUCUGCCGACGAUCCGGUAG